CUGUCAUUAACCAGGCUGCUGAGUUUAAUUCAGACUUCACAGAUUUGAUCCAAACUCCAGACGGAUAAAGAAACACGCAGGAUGGGUGUUCAGGUCAUGUUCGUCGUGCUUUUCAUGUUUUUAGCCACGGCGGAGUCUCAAAAAGGAGGAGUCUCAUUCUGGAGAAACAAAGUUACUCUGAGCUGUCCAGAAAACGGAACAUGGACGAAUAAAAUGGAAAAAGCAACUUUAGGAGCUGCUACAACUUAUGAAUUCAUCUUUAAAGGCCAGGCCCAAUAUUAUUGUGAAUAUGAAAGUGAAGGGGAAAAAUUUAAAUACAGCUUCUUCGUAAAAGGGAAGGCUUGUGAAAACUGCUUUGAGGUGGACGGAUUCCUCUUCAUGCUGGUGAUUCUCGUGGAUGUGAUCGGGACUGCCGUGGUGAUGAGGAUAAUCUAUGUUUGCACCAAGAGGAAACACCCAAAUGUACCGAUUCAACCCCCACGAGCACGUAGAACCCGGCCUCAAGGAGACCAGUCUUCUGCCUAUGAGUCACUGAACACCAACACUCAAGCAACGGAAACCUACUCCGCUGUGGUGCACAGGACGGGGUAGACGGUCAUCAUCAGAAGGUCAGAAGAUGGCAAACAUUUAUAAACGGAUAGCAUGAAAUAGCAAGGAAUUACCAGAACUUGUGUUAGAUUUAACAUCAUUAAAACUGAACAUUGUGAAAUUAGUUUAAA